GACGCAUGCGCAUUAUGUUCAGUAUGGUAGCGAAGUAACUUCCGUUAUGUUCAUGUGAGAAGGAUUUUUCGAAAUAUUGUAUUGAUUUGGCGUGGAUUGGGCCUUUUUGUGUACGAACACUUAAGACUGCUUCCCAUAGCUGGUUCACAUAACUGCAGCUUAGCUGUUUCACACUGCAGUAGACCAGCAGAGAGAUGACUACAGCUGCACGUCCAACAUUUGAGCCAGCGCGGGGAGGGACUGGGAAAGGAGAAAGGGAUCUCGGUGCUUUGUCCAAACAGUAUUCCAGCAGAGAUUUACCAUCACAUACUAAACUCAAGUACAGACAAGAUGGCCAGAACACAGCUGAUGACCUGCGCAGCCGUGAUUUCCGCAGCCAUUUGGAGGAGAGGGAGAGAGCAGCGCGGGAAAAGAGAGACAGAGAUAGGGGGAGAGAUAGCAGUAGCAGUAAGAGACCAAGACUAGAUCAGAUCCCAGCAGCUAACCUGGAUGCAGAUGAUCCCAUUGACGAUGAUGAUGAUGAGGAAGAAGACAGCAGUGAUGACGAGGAUGAUACAGCAGCACUGUUAGCUGAACUCCAGAAGAUAAAGAAAGAAAGAGCCUCAGAGGCGGCCAAGAAGGAAGCUGAGCGUAAAGCAGAAGAGGAGCGCAUCAGGAUGGAGAACAUCAUCAAGGGAAAUCCUCUACUCCAUAACCAGGCGGACACUGCCAAGACAGACUUCAAAGUCAAAAGAAGAUGGGAUGAUGAUGUCGUAUUCAAAAACUGUGCGAGAGGCGAAGAGGACAAGAGCAAACGUGGCUUUAUCAAUGACUCCUUACGAUCAGAAUUCCACAAAAAAUUCAUGGAAAAGUACAUCAAAUGAUACGCUUUUUAUAUGGACUGCUUUAAAUGGAUUCAGUAGUAAAUGAGGAGGAAAGGAUACAGAGUCGCGUUUUAGAAGGAAUUAUUAAAACUGCAUUUCACAUUUAGCAAACUGAUUUACCCAAAAGGUGAACCAUUUGUGAUGAACUGCAUCUUUUAUAGGGAUGCUUGCAGAGUGUGAGAAUUGAUGAUAAAACAUCGGUUUUAAGGCAAAGGAUGGAUCUGUUGUGUUAUGUCGGCAAUUCUGGGUGUAACACACACAAGUUACGUGAUUCUCAAUAAGUCACUGAAUCGUCUCGUGCAAGGAACAUUUUCAUUUUCACAGACAAAUAUGAUCGUGUAAACUGCAAAAGAGAUUUCUUUUUCAAGUGCUAAAUGUAAGACAUUGUUCUGGAUAGGGACUAAGAAAAUAUCACCAGAAUGUUGAUAAUACACGAAAUUAAAUAAAUUAGAGGAACACUCGUUUUAGUGACGAUUUCAUAAAUGCGCCAGUGGAAACAAUGAUCCCUGAUAAUAUUUCAUCUGUUUGUAUAGAAUCUUUACACACUAGGUCUAUGAAGUAAAGGUGGCGUUAUUUUAAAGAAGUGAUUGAGACUUCAAUUUUUAUAAUGAAUUAUAAUAUAAAUUUGAUAAAUGUUG